AUGAAGCAAAUCUCUCAUUCUUUGAAUCAUAAUCUUCAAAAGAGGAUAUUUGAGAAGGUAGUAUACUGGAUAUCUACUACUAGCACCACGAAUGGAUGGGAUACUCCUUCAACACACCAGUACCACAUCCAAACAGACGAGGGUGCAGAAAGAUAUUUUCGAUACCAAACCGACAGCGGUCAAUAUAGAAAAGAAAAACGACUAGAAGAUGGAACUGUAAUCGGCACAUAUGCAUGGAUUGACGCUGAUGGCAUGCUGAGGCAAAGGGAUUAUAUUGCAGACAGCGCUGGUUACAGGAUACUUAAAUCUAAGAAAGUUUACGUAGGAAGAAAUGUCAACGUAGGCGAAGCAGUUAAAGCAACAAAGAAGUACCCAGCAUCAGCUGGCACUCUGGUUAAAGCUAAUCAUGAACAUGUUGCCAGGCCUGUUAUCACGGUGCCUUACCAGGGAGCAGUUUCCAACUCACUGUCAUCCACUUAUAUUCCAAGUACCACAACUAUACCAGUCAUAAGUAAUGCGUAUAUUCCUGAUUCACCUACCCAUUCCUAUAUUCCUAGCACUACUCCAGCACCCAUUGUCUCAACGACACCUUAUGUCGAUGUAUCACCAAACUCAAUUUUGUCUACUACACAAUUUGCUCAGAUAUCAAAUAGUGAGCCACAUGUAGUAGAGAUUACUCCUAACUCUUAUCGAAUUCCUACCUCUACUCCAUAUGAUCUCUUACUACCACCGCAUAAUUUCACUACUCCUAGAAGCAGCUAUAUUCCUUCUCCGCCUAACUCGUUCACAAUACCCACCGAAACUCCCUACUACGGAUCUGAACCUACUGAAACGUACCUCCCCUCAAUUCCGAGCUCAACUGAGAGACCAUAUUACCAGAGUACUCUUCCACCUCCUCAACCGCAGUACAUCUCAGGAUUGUACGAUAGCUUGCCCCAGGGCUACAAAGAAGUUGAUCACAACUCUCUGGACUAUAAUCCGUAUGUUAGACAAGUUGAUAACAGUUAUAGAUUCAGUAACGGUCCAACUUAUCCUAUUGACAAAAAUGGUAAACCUUACCAUGGACAAAAUAUCGGGAAUGGAUAUGAUCCCCAGUACCCCACGUAUGAUGGUGUUUCCGUUACUAAUGAUGGAUUUAGAUAUUACAUUCCGAGAGCGUAUCAUGAAGAAGAGUCUUCUCCUAGUGGCAAACGAUCAGGAAGUUUCGGAUACAUUGAUCCAUUCGGAAUCAGGAGAGUUAUCUACUACAACACAGCUCCAGGAACUGGAUUCCAACAUAGGAAGAAUAAUAGAUAUGUAGGUUUUCAAGCGACGCCGUAUGAUCCUAGACCGUACUGA